AUGGAACGGGGAAGCCCCCUGCCCGCGCGCCGGCUCUGGAACACUCGGCCCCUCAGGAUUCCAAAAUGGAACGGAGCGGCGCCUAGAAAUGACGCGACGGUUCGGGCGGCGGAAGUGAUCUCUCUCAAGUUCCCCCAUGUGUUUCUGGUGUGCGGCAGUUACACCCUUCCCAGGGCAGUUCUUUGCGAUCUGCGUCAAUUUGUAUCCAAGGCUACAGAAGAAAUGAUCAACCAAACUGUUAACAGACUUUGUUAUAGAAACAAGGUGAUCCUAGCCCCUAUGGUGCGUGUUGGUACCUUACCGAUGAGAUUACUGGCACUAGAUUAUGGAGCAGAUAUUGUAUACUGUGAGGAGUUGAUUGACUUGAAAAUGAUACAGUGCAAGAGAAUCGUGAAUGACGUGCUGGAUACCAUAGAUUAUGUUGCAACUGAUGAGCGAGUCAUUUUUAGGACUUGUGAAAGAGAAAAGAAUCAUGUUGUCUUCCAAAUGGGCACAGCUGAUGCUCAGAGAGCUCUGACAGUUGCACAGCUUGUAGAAAAUGAUGUAGCUGGAAUAGACGUAAAUAUGGGCUGCCCAAAAGAAUAUUCCACCAAGGGUGGCAUGGGAGUAGCACUGUUGUCCAACCCCGACAAAAUUGAAGCUAUCUUAUCCACUCUUGUCAAAGGAAUUUCAAAGCCAGUGACCUGUAAAAUUCGAAUUUUACCAUCUCUAGAAGACACCAUUAACCUUGUAAAACGCAUUGAAAAAACAGGGGUUGCAGCUGUAGCAGUACACGGAAGAAGAAAAGAGGAAAGGCCACAACACCCUGUGCACUGCGAUGUAAUUAAAGCAAUCUCUGAAGCUGUGUCUAUCCCUGUAAUAGCAAACGGAGGAUCUCAGGAGAUCAUCAAAGAAUAUUCGGGCAUUGAAGAAUUUCAACGGGUAACAAAUGCAUCUUCAGUCAUGGUAGCCCGUGCUGCCAUGUGGAACCCUUCCAUCUUCCGAAAAGAAGGAUUGUUACCGACAGAGACUGUUUUAAAGGAAUAUCUAACAUAUGCAAUUAAAUAUGACAGUCAUUACUCAAAUACUAAGUACUGUCUAUGCCAAAUGUUAAGAGAGAAAUUAGAAUCAGCUCAAGGGAAGAAGUUGCAUGCUGCACAAUCGAAUAAGGAGAUCUGUGAGGCUUUUGAAAUGGAUGUGUUUUAUAAAGAAGCCACGGCUUGCAUGGAAGCAAAGAGGGACAUAUUAAACACAAAAUGUCAAGAAAAAUCUGAACAAUUGCCUGGAGAUAAUGGAUCACCUGAUACCAUACAAAUGGCAGUCAGAUUCAACAAGCGUGAAUACCCACCUCAAAUCACACCCAAAAUGAUACUACUAGAAUGGUGUCGGAAACAGAAACUUCCCCAACCAGUCUAUGUCACAGUACAGAGACCUUCAGACAGAUUAUUUAAUUCAGUUGUGACUGUAGCAGACAAAAACUACAGCAGCUCCUGUUGGGAUAAGACAAAGAAGGUGGUGGAACAGUCGUCGGCUAUAGUGUGUCUGCGGACCCUCGGACUCCCUGACGGAAGAUUGUGUGAUGGAGAAAACCCAUUGAAGUAUAAGCGAAAAAGAGAUGAGGAGAUCACCAAUGGCAUAGAAACUACCAGUCUCCCCUCUCUGAACACAAAUAAAAGAAAGUCCAUCACUGAUGAAAAUACGACGACUGACAUCCUGCUCUAAUGCAAUAAAUGGAAGUUUUAUGAAGUGGCAUAUACAAGUCAGAAGGUUAUUUAUAUAGACUUUUACCCAGCCAGUACCCCAUCUUUGCUGUUCUUCUGGCCAAUCUUAUAUCAACUCCAUAGAUUUUGCAUAUUGUUUUAAUAUGGUGACCACAUGCCUUGGGAGUAAGGCUGAGCCUGGUGUGCUGGAGAAACUGCAGAGAGAACUUUAAUGUUUGUGUUCUUUCCCUAUUGGUUUCUGCCUUAGAUAAAUAGCUGUAUAGUUUUCAAUCCAUUGACCAUACCAAGUCAUACAAUUUAAUACCCUUUAGAUGUGGCUUCAUUUCUACACAGGCCAUUCUAUGCUUUCACUUAUGACCUGGAAGUAUUUGUGUAAUAUAUAAUUUUACUAUUAGCUGCCAUAUCAAAUACAGACCUUACCCAAAUGUUACUACCUUCCCCACUCCUCUGGCUCACUGUAUUUUAGUUAGAUGACUUUCGUCUAUAUCUUCCUGUAUGAACAAUGUAUGAGCAUACCCAAAAAUUACGGAGAUGAACAUGUGUUUUUAUGGAUAUUUGGUCAUGACUGAAAGCUAGUUCAUGGUCUUACUGUACCAUCAUUUCUGUUCAUUACUUUUGUUUAAUUUGCCUUCUCCAUUCCAUUGUUACAUUUCAAUUCCUGAUUCUCUCUCUACUUGCCUUUGUCUCCUUUCUUUCCUCAGUUGUUCACUCUCUCCCUCUCUGUAAUUUGUUGAGCUGCACCCAUCAUUCCUAAAGCAUUGAUUUGCCAAGUCGAAUCAUAUCUCCUGCCUAUAAUGAGAAUUCCUUUAUGCUAGUUCCUUUAUUUAUUAUUUGAAUUCUUGCUAUAGGUUGAGUAUAGCAUAAAAUGUGCUGCCAUGUUAGAAUUCCAGCAUUUUGUAGGUAACUAUAGGAAUUUCUUUGCCCCAUUAAGCCCACAUUGUCAGAGAGUUCUUUCUCCAAAACUAUCUUUUUUCUGAAUGUGAUCCAGUAUUGUUUAUGAAUCUGUGUAUGGACUAGAGCUACGUGUUGUUCCUGUGCCUUGCAUUUGUAAUCUAUUAUAACUUGCACAGAAAGUGACAGCAAGGCUGCUGCUUGUUUACAUUGAGGAAGAAUUCUCUCCGUACCCAUGGAAAGGUGAAACCCAUACAAUCUUCUGCCUCCCAUGAUCAUCUUUUCAUCAAUUCUUUUGAAGGUAAUUCAAAAGUGAAAUCUUGAAAACGAAUUCUGCAAACUUGUACUCCUUUUGGCGAAACUGCUCGAAGGGCAUACAGUAUGGUCGCUGAAACACUGGAUCCCUGAUUCGAUAGCCUGUGACCAUGGGAGCAUGGAAUUUGAUCUUGCAUCUGUGGACCUUUCUGUAACUGAAAAUACUGGAGUGCCUUGGUGUUGAAACUGUGCUAACUGUGUCUUAUUCCUAAUAAUGUUGGUGACUGAAGGAUAUGACUUUCUGCCAACAUUAAAUUAGUCAAUUCUAAUCCAUUCACAUCGGUGGUUACAGGGUGAUAAUAGCUUCAUGUGUUGAGUCUACUUUGAUAAGUCAGUAACCAUGAUGAUUGACCUGCUUUCGUUUUCGCUGGAGCAUGCUUACUUGGUGACUGAAGAAGCCUGCCUAUUUCUGCUGGGGAACUCUUUAUAAGAUGCAUAAUCAGGGUGUAAUGACAUAUGUAGGGCCCUGAUUACAAAUUUAGUCGUGCUGCUGGAUUCCCACAAAAUUACUCUGGGGCACUGCCAGCCUGGGCUCCCCAGCUCACCCUCCCUUGUAGCUUCAGCCUAUACCUUUCCCAGGAUCAUCUUUCACCAGCACCUCCCUCAGAGUGAAAACAGUGAGCUGCCUCAGGGUGUCCCAUGUAACUUUCUGAUAGAUUUCUCAUUGUGUUGAUUUUUAAUACCUACAGUUUUUUUCCAUUUUUCAUUCAAGUUACUUUUUAGGCAUUUUAAAGACAGCAGAUUUUAACCUAAUCUAUCAGGAACGAAGGCCACUAAUAACUUGUAGAAAGAACUGUUAAAGAGUUUACUGGUAUGAGUCCAACAUUUUUUUGCAGUCUUAAUUGAAAUAUCCCAUCUAAAAUAAUUACAGGAAGAACAUAAUGCAUUUUGUCAAGUUUUUAGCACCCAAGUAAACUGUUGAAUAAAAACCUGUGAAUUCUUUAUUGACAGUCAAGUAUUAAUUAAUUACGGUAGGUAAAAUCGGAUUAACUUCAGCGAAGUAAAUUUGACUUCCUUGUAAAGCAGGAUUUUGGCAUUGUCCCAAGAACAGGCAGAAGGGAGAGCCACUGAGAAUAUGCAUCAUUGAGAAACUUGUCCAUAGAGCAAUCAGAAUCGAGUUGGCUCCCAGCAGACAUCCAUCUGACCUAGAUCCAGUCCUUCAGUCUUGCGCAAAUUAAUGCAAUUCAGGGGAUAGUCUUCCCCAUCCCAAAGUGGUAGCCUGCCCGCACCAGUUAAUCUGGCAGGUAGGCCAACUCUAUUUGUCCUGCCUGGAGCUGCGAUAAUGACAGUGGAGGCAGAAUGAGACCUCUAAGUGGUCAUGAAUUGACCAAUCUGUGCCGCACUCGAAAGUACUUUAGCACAUUUAAUAUCUUGGACACUCACAUUCUGAAGUGAUGUUGGGGAGGUGGCGUGGUGGAAAAACUCCUGACCCCAUCUGUCCUUUUUUUCUCCAUGUUAUUGUUAUCCUCACAUACUGGAUAGCAUUUAUAAUAGAAUGAGCAAGUGGUCAGGUGCAGAGUUGAAUUAAUUUGCAUGCCUAUGCCAGUGGACUUGCCAUUACUUUAUAAGAAUCUGCUUAGUUGACUCCAAAUAUAUUGUAAAUGUAUAUUAUAUUCUGUAAGUCACAAUAAAAUCUUAGAAAUUAAACCAG